AUGGAUUCAUCAAGCAAAACUCAAGUCGUUCGAGUGGUCCGGAUCCUAGGCCGAACAGGUUCUCGUGGAAGCGUCACCCAAUGCCGAGUUGAGUUCAUGGACGACUCGUCCCGCUCCAUCGUCCGUAACGUCAAGGGCGCCGUGCGCAAGACUGACAUGCUCUGUCUGCUGGAGUCCGAGCGUGAGGCCCGUCGAUUGCGAUAA